GUGUAAAGGUUAAAUAGACAGAUCAUUAAAAUGAUCUCGCUAGUCCUUCUUACUUUUCCCAAUAUGUCUACUGGAACUUUAAAGCCACAUAUGCCCCGGCAUCGUGUCCUGCAGACCUGGCCCUGACCCGGUGUGUCUCUGCUGCUCCUGGCUGCUGUGGUCUUAGACCUGGCCAUGACGCCUGUGGCCUUUAAGUUCCCUCAGAAGAGGUCUCAGCUACUCGGUGGCCUGGAAGAUGUGGACGUCGACAGAGACGAUGUGCAGCAGGCGGCAGAGUUCGCCGUCCAAGAGUACAACAAUGCAAACAGCGACCUGCACUUCAGCCGCUUGGUGCGGGUGGUGCAUGCCAGUGAGCAGGUCGUGGCUGGCCUUAACUACUACUUGGAUGUGGAGAUCGCCAGAACCACAUGUGUCAAGUCCCAGUCCGAACAGGCUGACUGUGCCUUCAGUGAGAACCCGAUGCAGCACUGCUCUUUUGUGGCCUACUCCAUGCCCUGGGAAAAUUACAUGGCCCUGACGAGUUCCAGCUGUCGCAGUGCCUGAGGCUCUGUUUUGGCCGGGCCACAAUGACCACGCCUUACCCAUAUCCCAUGCAGUGUCCCUUGCAAUGGAGCCUGGCCCUGGGGGGAGGCUUCUUGGUGCCCCAGCACCAGGGUCCAGAGCAGCAGACUUCUGUGGACAGUAGCUCCCAUGUGCUGUCCCCUCUUCCUUUCUCCUGUGCUUCUCAACCACACUUGUGUGGGGCGAACGUGGCUGUCCUUGCCUUGCUCAAUAAAAACCU